AAUGCUGAAUUUGGAGUCCGCAGUGUGUAUUUUUGGACACAUAACCAAAAAGUGUGAAAACGUUGAAACGAAGAGAGAGAAAAAUAAGAGAGAGAAACACUGAGUUAUGAGAGUGUGAGCUUAAGCUUCGAAAAUCGCUAUUUUUGGCUCGUAAAUCUCUCUUAGGGUUUCGUAGUGAGCUGAAAUCGGUAAAUUUUGCUCGUAAAUCUCUUUACGUUUCUGCUACUUGCUAAAGCCUUUUUCUUUUCGCCGAUUAGAGUUGAAUUUUAGUUAUGGGAGAAGGGGAGACGGUUUCUGAGUUGGCGGAGGUACCUGCUAAUGGAAAUGUGGUAGUGGAAGGUAAGAGUGAAGCUAUUACCAAGGAUACGGACGAGGAAAAGGAUGGAAUAAAGGAAGCGCAAGAAGAAGAGAGCAAACAGACUGAUAAUGUGGAAAAGUCUGAAAAGAUGGAUAUAGACAAAGAAGAGGUAAAAGAAGCCAAUGGAGAAGAAGAGGUGAAAGAAAGCAAAGAAGAAGAAGAGGUCAAAGAAAGCGAAGAAGAAGAGGUAAAAGGAAACAAAGAAAAAGAGGAAGAGGUGAAAGAAAGCAAUGAAGCUAAAGAAGUGGUGAAACCUGACCAGGAAAUUAAAGCGGAGGAAGAGAAGCUGGAAGCCAAGAGUGAGGCAAUGGAAGAAGAGAUGACUGAAGCGCCAAAUACUAAGGACGAGGAAGAAGAAAUGGCUGAAGAGCCAGAUAAUAAGGAUGAGGAUGAAGAAAUGGCUGAAGAGCCAGAUAAUAAGGAUGAUGAGGAGGUUAAAGAGGAGGCAGAUGGAGAGAAAGAGGAUAAAGAAAGCAACAAAAAGCAUAAAGAUGAAGAAGGGUCUAAGAAGAGUGUUAAAUCUAAGGGGGUGAAAAACAAGAAAAGAAAACGGGAAGUUGCACAGAAGAAGGAGAAGGAACCAAAAACUCCUGCACCCUCAACAAGUGACCGUCCAAAGAAGAAGGAGAAGGAUAAGGAGCCAAAAACUGCUGCACCCUCAACAAUUGACCGUCCAGUACGUGAACGCAAAUCUGUUGAAAGGCUUGUUGCAUCUAUUGACAGAGAUGCCAACAAGGAAUUCCGUAUUGAAAAGGGCCGUGGAACUGCACUAAAAGAUAUCCCAAAUGUUGCAUACAAAUUAUCCAGAAAGAAGACUGAAGAGACAUUCAAACUGCUGCACACAAUUCUCUAUGGACGGCGUGGAAAGGCAGCUCAGAUCAAGAGCAAUAUUUCACGGUUUUCUGGCUUUGUGUGGCAUGAAAAUGAGGAAAAGCAAAAGUUGAAAAUAAAAGAAAAGCUUGACAAGUAUGUAAAAGAGAAGCUGUUGGAAUUCUGUGAUGUACUGGAUAUACCUAUUACCAAAACUUCAUCAAGAAAGGAAGACAUAGUGGUAAAGUUGAUGGACUUUUUGGAAGCUCCUCAUGCUACAACUUCUGAGUUGCUUGCCGAGAAGGAACAGUCAAGUAAAGGAAAGAAGCGUAGAAGAGAGAGCAAAAAGAGCCCCUCGUCGGCAUCUGUCAGUUCAAAAGGUUCAGCUAAGAGUGGAAAAAAAACCGAAACAGCAUCUCAAAAGGCUGAGAAGAAGAAGAAGAAUGUGCCUGAGUCGGAAGAUGAGUCUGAGCAAGAAGAUGAUGUCCAUGAGGAGGAAUCUGAAGAGGAAAAAGCUAAUGGUGUUCCCGAGGAAUCUGAUGAUGAGAAGUCAGAUCAAGCUGAAAGUGAGAAGGAGAGUGAAUCUGAAGAUGAGCCUGAGGAGGACAAGAAAAAGCAUAAGCAAAGUUCAAGUAAGUCUUCUACAAAGAAGGAGCCUGCUGUGAAAGCUAAGACCAAGAAACCUGCAGUCUCUAAACUACCAAGUCCUGCUCCCAAAAAGACCCCUUCAAAAUCACCAAAGAGCUCAAAGCACAAUGCAAGCAAUGAUGCAACUCCAAAAGCAUCUUCAAAGAAGAAAAAAGCUGAAGUAGUUAAAGAAAAAUCUUCAACGCCAAAGAAGUCUACUCCCAAAGAAAAUACUGGGAAAAAGACCGUAAAGGGAAAGGACAAGAGCAAAGAAGAUAAAUUGAGACCAAGUGAUGAUGAACUCAGAAAUGCAAUCUGUGAAAUUCUAAAAGAAGUCGACUUUAACACGGCCACGUUUACAGACAUUCUGAAGCAACUUGCCAAGAGGUUUGAUACAGAUCUCACGCCCAGAAAAUCGUCUAUAAAGAUUAUGAUCCAGGAUGAGCUUACUAAACUAGCUGAUGAGGAAGAUGACGAGGACGAGGAAGUUGAGGCUGAGAAGGAUACCAAAAAGCCUUCUGGCAAAGGCGUGAAAGCCUGAAAACAUGAGGAGAAUGUAAUCACGGGAAAUGUAGCCUUCACUGUUUGUUUCAAUAUCUGACCUCCUCACGAACUUGUGCCUCCAGGCACCGAUUAUGAGUUCACCAGCUGUAAUCUAUUGUCAAUGUAUCGUUUUAUGAUUAACUCUCUGACUAGGAUAUGGUAGAACUAUAAAUGCCUGAGCCCAGUGCAAGAUUACUGCUUGUAUAAACACAUUUGUAGGUUUUUUCCCCUGUAGACUUAUUUAGCUGCCCUGGUGAUGGAUAAAGUACUGUAAUCAAAAUCAACUUCCAUUUGGGAGUAUGUAGGGCUGUUUUCUUUUUAAUGGGCUGGAUUUUUUCAGCCUGAGAUCGUCUAUAAACUUGCAACAUUUUGCUUGUGGCAAA